GUUUGGCUUGAGCAACAAGUUUGAUACAGAAUUUCCUUCUGUUCUGACAGGGAAGGUGGCCCCAGAGGAAUUCAAGACCAGCAUCAGCCGUGUGAAUGCCUGUCUGAGGAAGAACCUCCCUGUCAAUGUGAAGUGGCUGCUCUGUGGCUGUCUGUGCUGCUGCUGCACGCUGGGCUGUAGCCUGUGGCCUGUAGUCUGUCUUAACAAAAGAACUAGAAGAUCAAUUCAGAAGUUAUUAGAAUGGGAAAAUAACAGACUAUAUCAUAAGCUUGGUUUGCACUGGAAGCUGAGUAAAAGGAAAUGUGAAACUAGCAAUAUGAUGGAAUAUGUAAUAUUAAUAGAGUUCUUACCAAAAUAUCCCAUAUUCCGACCUGACUGAGGAACAACAUUGGUCUUUCAUGUUACCUGUCAUUUUCUACCCUUAGUGCCUUGUAGAUGGGUUUGGAAAGAAGAUGGUCUACUUUGCUGUGACUUUCAAAUGUUCUUCAGUAGAGUAUCUUCCUUGCUGUUACUUUCUUUUGUUAAGAAGAGAACAAUUUGCACAUUUUUUUUUUUAUGUUAAAUGAGGCUUCUAUGUUGCACUCUGAAUUUUUAACAUUAACUGAUAGAGUUGCCACUAGGGAUCUACCAUCAGUGCUGCUUAAACUUGUUCUGAGCAUGCUGCCUUAUUCAUUUCUCUAUUUGCUGUCCUCAAAGCUGCAUCCUACAGCUGUGUCAUCCUAGAUUUCAUUCUAAAUGUGGCAAUCCCAGACCCCCUCAGUAGAAAUGUCCAGGUAAGCACCUAGUAGUAAUGAUUUCAGUAUAACCUGCUUGCAUAGGACUUGCAUCAACAGCACUGGUUUUGUCCUGCACUUUGCAAAAUCAUCAUUUCCAUUAGGGGUUCCUUAGUUUCCCCACUAUGGAUUUGUAAAUAUUGACUCUUUGCAUCAUGUCCAGUGUGGUAUGCCAAGGUUUACAGAAUGUAUUAUAGCUCUUACUCUAUUGCCAACAGUCCCCUGAGUUCCCUCUGUCCCAUUUACUCAUCCCCUCGGACUGUACAGCCCCAUCCACACACUG